AAACAAUAAACCUCAGUGCAGAAUGACGACGCAAAUUUCAUGGAUAGAAUUAAUGUAACAUCCGGUCUGCCAUCACGAUACACUCGUACCGGACUGGCAUAUGACUCUUAGUCACAAGUCACAACUCACAACUUUACAAGAGUAGUACAACUCAUUCACUGGAGAAAGUCACGUCAAUGAGGGGAUUGUGAGCAUGGAUUGGUUCCUACCUUUAUUUGCACUUGUAGUGGCAGGUGUGUCAGCUGCCCCUGCAGAAGAUGAGAUUACUGCUUUACCAGGACUGAAUCACAACAUAUCCUUCCGUCAUUUCAGUGGUUAUUUAAAGGGAACUGAGGGAAAGAAUCUACAUUAUUGGUUUGUUGAGUCUUCUAAUAACCCAGCUAAUGAUCCAGUUGUCUUGUGGAUGAAUGGAGGACCUGGUUGUUCAUCUAUGGAAGGUCUCCUUGCUGAACUUGGGCCUUACAUUGUCAACCCAGAUGGGAAGACCCUAAGGGAAAAUACUUAUGCAUGGAAUACAGUUGCAAAUGUACUCUUCCUUGAAGCCCCAGCAUGUGUUGGUUAUUCUUACAGUGAAGAUGGGGACUGUUCUACCGGUGAUGAUGAAACUUCUCUGUCAAAUUAUAAUGCCCUAAAGGAUUUCUUCACAAACAAAUUCCCAGAAUAUCGUAAGAAUGAAUUUUAUGUAACUGGAGAAUCGUAUGCUGGUGUUUAUGUUCCUACACUAUCAGUCAGAAUCCUUCAGGGUCAAGAUGACUUUGAAAUAAAUUUCAAAGGAUAUGCCAUUGGAAAUGGACUCUCUAGCUACGAACUUAAUGAUGAUUCCAUUAUCUUCUUUGGAUAUUACCAUGGACUGUAUGGAGAAGACCUGUGGAAUAGAUUGGUUGCCCAUUGCUGUAAAAGUGGACAUGCUGCAAGGGACACUUGCAACUUUUACAAUUCUUACUGGCCUAUGUGUACCAAAGCUGUUGGCCAGGCAUCAGACAUAAUUUACAACGAGGGUCUGAACAUGUAUAACUUGUAUGACAACUGCCCAACGGGUACAGGAGGAAACUUCUCACGCUAUGAAGCAGACUUGUCGAACGUCUUCAGAGAACAUGAAUCUCAUUCAGCUAUGUUAGGAAAGGUCAGGAACAGGAUUAAGAAUUUGAAAGGAAACCCACCUUGCACAAAUGGAACAGAUCUUCUGGAUUACAUGAACAAUCCUGAUGUGCGAACUGCUGUUCAUAUUCCAGAAGAACUCCCUAAAUUUGAACUUUGCAAUGACGAAGUGAAUUACAAUUACAAGCGAGAGUACAAGACAAUGAGGAAGCAGUAUGAAUAUCUUAUUCCAAGAGUAAGAGGCUUGGUGUAUAAUGGUGACAUUGACAUGGCUUGCAACUUUCUGGGUGAUGAAUGGUUUGUCGAGGGCCUUGGACUAAAGGUUUUGGAGGGUCGUAGGAUGUGGCAUGAAGGUGGCCAGGUGGCAGGAUUUGUGAAACGUUUCCAGAACAUUGACUUGGUAACUAUUCGUGGUGCAGGGCACAUGGUUCCUGAGGAUAAACCAGGUCCUGCUUUGAAAAUGAUCGCAUCUUUCAUUUACAAAAAACCGUAUUAGUCUAGUACAGUAUUUACUGGUGUUGGUAUGAUAACCAUCUGGAUAACUGUGUUUUUUUGUUUAUCCUAUGUUACCAACUUUGGCUUGUAUAGAUUCUGUCAUACAUAUGGUGGUUCACAUUUGUAGAUAUUUCUGAGGUAGUAAAAUCUUAUAGUUUUUCAGCACUUAAUUUUUUGUUCUUUUAUGCAUACUAAGUUUUUAUUAACUUUCAUACUUUGUUUUUAUCACCUUUUAUGCAUUCUUAAUUUUAUCAGUUUUAAGUGAAUAGGCAUAUUCAUAGAGGAUGUAACUGAGAGUGUCUAUUGGUAUCUGUAAUUAUCCUUUUAAAGCUUGAUACUACAGGUAGUAUUGUUAUUUUGUGUAGAUUGCUAAAUCUGUUGAAAUUAAAUUAAUUAAAUAAAAGGCUGGCCCUUCAGAAAUAAUUUUCACUUCAUAGGUCAGUUUUUGGUUAUUGACAGUGUUCAAGAAUACUAGUAUAUGUAGUUUUUGUUUUAUAAAUGAUUGUCAUUUGUUAGUAUAUUGAUUAAUGUAGAUCAUUUCCAUGAGUUUUCAGUCAUUGAACAAUAGUUCCAGAUCUGAAGAGGAGAUUUUGUAGGUUUUAGUGUACUAUGUCCAAAAUACUUACUAUUGUGUUUUUCAAGAACACAUUAAUGAUUGAUAUUUUAUUUUUAAGAAUUCCUGAUAAAUUGUGUAAGAUUUAAGUGAUGUAUUGGCUUUCCUGUUGACUUAUCUCAGUAUUGUUAAUGAAACCGGUGAAAACUAAAUAAAAGCACUUAAUUUUU